AUGUCCCGUAAGAGCUUCUCCCUAUCUACCACAACAUCUUGGCUCCUUAACUUUUCAGUCACUGAAUCAAUCAAACCAUUUCAAUCAUGGCCGGGAAGAAAGUCUACCUUCAAUGAGCGCUGCCGCCAGAUCCAAAGGCUGCGGCAAACCGUUGAACCAAGCUCAGAGCAUGCAGCAAUGAAUGAGUGCCUUCUUGAUCGGGACGACUGGGAUGCUAUCCCCAGCUGUACGCGCUCUUACGAGACCGAAAUCACCGAGAAAGGUACUGUUCCCGAGGAGUGGCUUACUCCUGGAAAUUACAGCCUGCUCGGCACGUGCUUUUUCAAUUAUAAUUAG